CUUAGCAUUCUUCUGUUUGUAUGUCCGCAUAUGAAUUUGGUAAGACAAAUCAUAUAUAUUAUUGUAUUAUUUGAUUGAAAGAGAUAAAAUUGAGAUUACAAUAGAGGAUUUGGGGAAUGGAAGGAUUGGAUGCGUUAAUAGAGAGGCUGAUGGAAGCAAGGAAUAACAGAGGCAAGCGUAUUCAACUAGUGGAAACAGAAAUUCGCAACCUUUGCACCAAGGCAAAAGAAGUUUUCCUGAACCAGCCAAACCUACUUGAAUUAGAGGCUCCAAUUAACAUUUGUGGUGAUAUACACGGGCAAUAUCUCGACCUAUUGCGACUCUUCGAGUACGGUGGGUUCCCUCCAGAUUCGAAUUACUUAUUUCUGGGUGACUACGUAGACAGAGGAAAACAGAGUAUAGAAACAAUAUGCCUACUGCUAUCAUAUAAGAUCAAAUACCCAGAGAACUUUUUCCUUCUUAGAGGAAACCACGAAUGUGCCUCUAUUAAUAGAAUUUAUGGGUUUUACGACGAGUGCAAGCGAAGAUUCAAUGUUCGGCUAUGGAAGGUAUUUACAGACUGCUUCAAUUGUUUGCCGGUAGCUGCAGUGAUUGAUGACAAAAUCAUAUGCAUGCACGGUGGGCUUUCUCCUGAUAUGGAGAGUUUGAAUCAAAUCAAAGGUAUAGAAAGGCCAUUGGAUGUGCCAGAUCAGGGCCUGUUAUGUGACCUCCUUUGGGCCGAUCCAGACUCUGAAAUAAGAGGGUGGGGGGAGAAUGACCGUGGUGUUUCAUACACUUUUGGACCAGACACGGUAACUGACUUCUUGAAGAAACAUGAUCUCGAUCUUAUAUGUCGAGCUCAUCAGGUUGUUGAAGAUGGCUAUCAAUUCUUUGCAGACAGGCAACUAGUUACCAUCUUUUCAGCGCCAAAUUAUUGUGGAGAGUUCAAUAAUGCAGGUGCACUCAUGUGCGUCGAUGAAACUUUACUUUGUUCAUUCCAGAUUCUCAAACCCUUGAGAGGGAAGACCACAUAAUAUUUAAGUAACAUAUAGACACUUAGAUUUUGCAAGCACACAAACAUACAUGAUUAAUGAAUAUGUAAUCUUUGCAUGUGACAAAACUCACAUUUCUUCCUCAAAUUCUAAAACUUCUUCCAUGCAUUGUUUUAUGGUAGACUUCUGUCUUCUUUUAUUAUGGAUGAUACAUGACAAACGGAGAUAAUAGAAUAGAAACAGUUAAAUUUUAGCGACCAA